CAAUGUUGUUCUAGACGUCUUAAUUGUCGGUCGUACGUGCGAUUUCAAUUUGAUCAAUUAUAUAUAUAAAUAUAUAUUAGAUUUUGUGGGCUUAAGGAUCUGCCAUAAUAUUAUCAGAUCAGUGUGAAGUUUCCAGUUUUUUAAAAAGAAUUAUUUUCUGAUAGCCCCAAAGAAAUGGCCUUAACGGAGGGGCUUUUUCUGAUUGUGGGCGCACUGAGUGCCAUCUAUUUGUGGUUUCAGCGCAGUCACAGCUAUUGGCAGCGUAAGGGAAUACCCUAUAUCCAGCCCACGCCGAUUAUAGGGAAUACCUCGCCGGUGUUUACGCAAAAGAACUCGUUUGGCCUGCACAUCUCAGAGGUGUACAAUGAUCCCAAGAUGCAGGACGAGGCUGUAGUUGGCAUCUAUGUGUUAAACAAGCCAGCAUUAGUUAUACGCGAGCCCGAACUAAUCAAAUCCGUGAUGAUAAAGGACUUUCAACGUUUCUCCAAUCGCUAUGCUCGCUGUGACCCACAUGGCGAUGCUUUGGGCAACAACAAUCUCUUCUUUGUGCGCAAUCCACAGUGGAAGGAGAUAAGGUCGAAGUUGACUCCGGUUUUCACCAGCGGAAAGCUGAAGCAAAUGUAUCCUUUGAUGCAGGAGAUUGCUGACGAUUUAGAAGCGCAUCUCGCCCAGCAGAAGACUGGUCAGGACGCCAGUAACAUUGUGGAGAUCAAGGACACGUGCUCGAGAUUCAGCACAGAUUCUAUUGCCACUAUUGCUUUUGGGGUGCGUGCGAAUAGCUUGACGAAUCCUGAUGCUGAAUUUCGGACAGAAGGACGAAAAGUGUUGGAGGGUACUGUGUCCCGCAGCAAAGACUUCUUUACGGUGUUCUUUCUGCCUAAGCUUGUGUCGCUCCUCCGGAUUAAGUUCUUCACGAAAGAGUACUCGAACUUUAUACGCAAGACCAUCGGCCAUGUGAUCUCGGAAAGAGAGCGAACGGGAACUAUGAGGAAUGAUUUAAUUGAUGUUCUUGUGGGUCUGCGCAAGGAGGCAGCCCAGCAGCCCAACAAACCACAUUUGGCCAACAUUCCGGACUUUCUGGUGGCUCAGGCCGGAGUUUUCUUUACAGCUGGCUUUGAGACUUCAUCGUCCACAAUGGCCUUUGGUCUUCUGGAGCUGGCCAAGCAGCCAGAGCUGCAGGAUCGCUUACGCCGGGAGAUCAACAAUGCUUUCCUUGAGGAGGGCAGUGGCAAGUUGAGCUAUGAGAAAAUCAAUUCCUUGGAAUAUCUGUCGAUGGUUGUCGAUGAGGUGUUGCGUUUGUACCCUGUUCUUCCUUUCUUGGAUCGUGAAUAUCAGGGCAUCAAGGGUCAGCCAGAUCUCUCACUCAAACCACACUACGAUUUCCAACUGGAGAACGGGACGCCUGUGUUUAUACCAAUUUACGGACUGCAACGUGAUCCCAAGUACUGGCCAAAUCCUAAUGUUUUUGAUCCCGAACGCUUCUCUCCUGAGAAUCGUAAGACUAUUGAGGCCAUGGCCUAUCAGCCCUUUGGUCUGGGUCCACAUAACUGCAUUGGCAGUCGCAUUGGCCUGCUUCAGACUAAACUGGGUUUGGUCCACAUCCUUAAGAAUCAUUAUGUUCGCUGCUGUUCACAGACGCCGAAGGACAUCACCUUUGAUCCGAAGACCUUUGUGCUGCAGUUGAAGUCGGGCAUGUUUCUGGAGAUUGUUAACGAUAGAUUCUACGAUGAUAGGGCAGCUCAAGCUUUGUGAUAUUCUAAUCUGCAAAUGAUUAGUUUUAAGCAUUUUUGAUGAUAAUAAAAGAAAAUAAUUUUUAUUAUGAAA